AUGGCAUGGGCAUCCUCCGUGGACCCACAGAGAAAUGAUAAAGAUGACUCUCCAGAGAUGCCCCACAGUCGGCCAGGCCCAAUCCCAGUGGCAAAAAAUGAUUCUCCAGCACCGAAUGACCUGGAAAUGGCCCAGGAAGCACCCAGCGCUCCUGCAAAGCAGAAAAAGGAUUCUCCAGUUCUGAAUGACCUGGAAAUGGCCCAGGAAGCACCCAGCUCUCCUGCAAAGCAGAAAAAUGAUUUGCCAGCUCCGAAUGACCUGGAAAUGGCCCAGGAAGCAACCAGCACUCCUGCAAAGCAGAAAGGGGAUUCUCCAGCACCAGAUGACCUGGAAAUGGCCCAGGAAGCAACCAGCACUUCUGCAAAGAAAAAAGUUUCUGCCAUGGUCCUGGAUGCCUUCAAGGCAUCACGGGUAGCAGGCUGGUCCUGGAUGCUUUCAGGGAGUCGCAGAUAG